UUUUUAGAUUUACUAUUUUUUAAUUAUCAAAUUAUUUUAAACAAAGAUAUGCCUUUUUCCAGUGAUCAAAUUGAGCAAUUAAAGGAACAUUAUCCAACGUUAAUACAAAAUGGGGGUAGUGGAUAUAUAACAAAUGAUGAAUUAAAUGGAGCUUUGAAAAUUCUUGGAAUUGAUGUACCUGGUUAUCAAGCCAGAGAUUUAUUAGAGCGUUAUAAUUCUGGAAAUAAACAAAUAAGUUAUGAUAAAUUUAUUAUUAUUUUUGAUGAAAUUGAUUCACAACGAAAUGCGGAAAUUUCGCGAUGGAAGAAUCGAAUUGGAAGUGUUACUGGAGCUUAUCAACUUCAAGGGAUGGCCGAACAUGGAGCGGAUGAAAUUGUUCAUACAAUUCGAGUUGAGGAAGAAUUGGCAUUUUCUAAUUGGAUAAAUAGUAGUUUGUCAGAGGAUUCUGAUUUGAAAUCACUCCUUCCAGUUAAUCCAGAGGGAGGCGAUCUUUACACAAAAAUUCGUGAUGGGCUAAUUAUUUGUAAAAUGAUUAAUUUGGCUGUACCAGAAACAAUUGAUGAGCGUUGUCUUAACAAAACAAAUUUGAAUACUUAUACUCGAUUGGAAAAUCUUACAUUAGCUUUAAUGUCUGCCCAAGCAAUUGGUUGUAAUAUUGUUAAUAUUGAUGGUGAUGAUUUAUCUAAAGGGAAGCCACAUUUGGUUCUUGGUCUUUUAUGGCAAAUAAUUAGGAUUGGCCUUUUUCGAGAAAUUGAUCUUGUGCACGUUCCUGGGUUAUUUAGACUUUUACAAGAAGGUGAAACACUUGAUGAUUUGAGAAAAUUGAAGCCGGAACAGAUUUUAAUCCGAUGGGUUAACUAUCAUCUUGAGAGGGCUGGAAUUCAACGUCGUCUUGCUAAUUUUACAACCGACAUUUCCGAUUCUGAAAUUUAUACUUAUUUACUUCAUCAAAUUGCUCCUAAAUCUGCGGGUGUUUCAUUAGCUCCAUUACAACAAAAUGAUGAUAUAAGACGUGCAAAUUCAAUGCUUUCUGAGGCAAAUAAAAUAAAUUGUAGAGAAUUUGUGACUGCAGAAGAUGUUUGCAAGGGAAAUUAUAAAUUGAAUCUGGCUUUUGUUGCUAAUUUAUUUAAUAAAUAUCCGGGAUUGCCUGAACCUGGAGCUGACGAAAUACCUGAAAUAACUGACAUUCAAGAAGAGACGCGUGAAGAGAAAACUUAUAGAAAUUGGAUGAAUAGUCUUGGUGUUGAUCCUUUUGUUAAUUAUAUUUAUUAUGAUUUACAAAAUGGAUUGGUUAUUUUUCAGUUAUAUGAUGCAAUUCGUCCAGGAAUAGUUAAUUGGAAGGUUGUUGUUCAAAAAUUCCAUAAAAUUCGAGGAAUGAUGGAUCAAAUUCAGAAUUGUAAUUAUGCUGUUGAAUUAGGAAAACAACUUCGAUUUUCUUUGGUUGGAAUUCAAGGAAAGGAUAUUUAUGAUGCUAAUCCGACUUUGACUUUAGCACUUGUUUGGCAAUUAAUGCGUGCAUAUACUUUAACUAUAUUGGCUAAAUGUACACAAAGUGAGGAAUCAAUGGCCACUGACAAAGAAAUAAUUGCUUGGGUAAACCAAAAAUUGGAAUCUGUUGGAAAUUCAAAUCGUUUAAAAAGUUUCCAAGACCCGUCUAUUUCAAAUGCUCGUAUUUUUCUUGAUUUAAUUGAAGCGAUAAAGCCAGGCACAAUUGACUAUAAUAUUGUCAAAUGUGAUGGAAAUAGUCAGAAUAAUUUGGACAAUGCAAAAUAUGCAAUAACUGCUGGUAGAAAAAUUGGAGCAAAAAUAUAUGCAUUGCCAGAGGAUAUUGUAAAAUCAAAAAUGGUUAUGACUGUCUUUGCUUGUCUUAUGGCCCGUGACUUUAUGCCAAACGUUCGGGAAGUGACAAAUGGAAAUUGA